AGAGUUGGUAGGAUUCUGUUUGGGAGGAGAGAAGUGUAUUAUGGCAGACCCCUUUGGACGCGCCAGAAAUUGAGUGCAAGUUGUUCAUUCCUCAAAUUUUAUCAUUCUUGGAAAAUUCCCUUUCCAUGUCAAGUGGGAUUGAGUCGGAAGUUGGAAAUCUAUCUCAAAUUUAGGGGAUCGACGAGCUCAGUUAUCCCAACCGAUUCACAUUGUUCUAUCAAUGAAUGCCCUCGUAGUGAUUAUACGUCCGAUCUCGUGGGAAUCCCCUCCAAGAAGAGGAAAACAGUACUGAGAUGGACAGAACAAGUGCCGGAACAUACAGGAAUGGACGGUCCCGUAGAUGAUGAGUAUAGUUGGAGGAAAUAUGGAAUGAAUUACGUUUUUGGAGCCAGAUAUCCAAGAAGCUAUUACAGAUGUAAAUUACAAAGGUGCUUGGCUUUGAAACAAGUUCAACGUUCCGAGGAAGACCCAUCAACGUUUGUUGUCACGUACCGGCGAAGACAUACUUGUAUUCAAUUUUCAAACAGGCAUGAUCAACUAGAUGAAAAACGACAGAGAAGAUCUCUCGACACAGUAAUCAAUUUUCAAACCGGUUGUCAUGUUAAAACGGAGGAAUCCGGUGAGGAAAAAGUAGUACUAAAAUCACCUUCAUUAUCAUUUCCUUCUGCUCCAUUGCCCACUCCAACUCUAAGUAUAGAGAGAGAUAAAAAUUCCUCUUCAAUGACAACUGAUAAUCAUUCACUUCAUUUGACGAAUGAGUAUAAGGUGAUUCUUGUUUUCCAUUUGAUGGAUAGGUCCUUAUUAAUUUUGUUCAAUUACCAAGUAGUUCUUAUUAAAACAGUAAUUAUUUUUCUCUUAAUUGUGGAGAUCAUAUCAAUUCGAUGUGAUGUCCAACGAACAUCAUUAAGCUUCUAAGCUAAUAUUUGCGUAUCUACAUGUAUCAGAUUUUUCUCUUCAUAGUUUGUUCAA